UAUAGGUUAUUAAAAUAACAUGGCUUAUGGAUAAAAUUAAAAAUACUGGAUCAAUACUGAAUGGAGAAAAUUUGCUAAGAAUUUGAGAAGAAUUAGACGUACGGUUUGUGGUUUUAAGUAUGGAAAUUGUGUUGGGCCAUUGUAUGUAAUCAUACGUAUACAACACAAUACAAUGAAGUGUCACUACGAAGUAUUAGGAGUCGCAAAAGAUGCCUCUGACGAUGACGUAAAAAAGGCAUACAGGAAGCUAGCAUUGAAAUGGCAUCCGGAUAAGAAUCUCGAUAGUCCAGAUGAAGCUAAGGAACAGUUCCAGCUUGUGCAACAAGCGUGGGAGAUACUAAGCGAUCCCCACGAGCGGGCUUGGUAUGACAAUCAUCGAGAAGCUAUCCUGAAGGGUGGCAUUGGAGAGGAUUACAAGGAUGAUUCCAUCAAUCUCUUCCCAUACUUUUCCCUUUCAUGCUUCAAGGAUUAUGGGGACGGCGAGAAAGGCUUCUACACCGUCUACAGAAACGUUUUCGAGCAAUUGGCGGCAGAGGACGCCGAGUUUGCCAAAGACGGCGAGUCCGACGAGGAGGAGGUGGUUCCCGGCUUUGGUGAUUCUCAAAGCCCUUACGAGGACGUGGUGCAUGAUUUCUAUGCCUACUGGCAGAGUUAUAGCACCAAAAGAUCCUACGCCUGGCUGGAUCCGUAUGAUAUACGUGAAAUGCGGAAUCGGCGCAUUCUCAGACUCGCCGAGAAGGAGAACAAGAAAGUGCGCGACAAGGCGAGGCGUGAGAGGAACGAGCAGGUGCGGAAUUUGGUCGCCUUUGUCCGCAAACGCGACAAGCGAGUACAGGUAUACGCAGCGAAGCUGGCCGAACGCGCCCGCGAGAACUUUCGCAAGGCAGAGGAGCGGAGGAAGGCACAUCUGUUGGAGAGGCAGAAACUAUUGCGGGAUCAAACCGAAUCUGAAUGGUCCAAGUUUUCGAACGUGGAGGCAGAGCUGAAGAACAUUGAGGCGAAUCUGACGGCAGAGUUCGGGACAGACGACAGGAAAGUAACAACGAGGAACAGCAAUCCAGAAGCGUUUUACUGCAUCGCUUGCGAUAAGAUUUUCCAGACGCACAAGGCCUUUACAAAUCACGAAAACUCGAAGAAACAUAAGGAAAAUGUCAGCGCACUCAAGCACGUCAUACCGGACGAGGACGAGGACCUCCGCAGUAGCUCUCGGGAAAGUGACUCGAGUAGUACGGAAGAAGACUCAGUUUCGCUAAAUGGACCCAAGUUAGCAACAGAUUCACAGAUGCCUGAUGAUUUCUUGAACCUUCCUCAUUAUAGCGAUUCGAAACGGAAUGAUGACGAGGCUGUCUCUCUUGCCGAACUGAUGUCGAACGAUGAAGAAAACGAUCCUGAAUGUCUUCAAUCGACAAUCGAAAAAGGAAAGAAGAUAGAUAGCUACGGAGAUGUCCCAUUGGCCGCGGAACCAGAGGCGGCCGGAAGUAUUUUAUUUUCAUCUAAAAUUGAAAAUGAUGAUGACGAUGGCAUAACUUCCGAGGACGAACUAAUAUCCGAUCAAGAAGAAGACGUCGCAUUGUCGAGUCGUCAGAAGAAAAAGAAGAAAAAGAAACGUAAUAUUCAGAAUCCUAAUUCUAUGCUUCAACUUGCUAGCGACGACGACACGGAGAGCAUUAACGAGGAAGUAUGGCUGUCGAAAAAACAACGCAAAAAGUUACAGCAGAAAAAAGUACAAAUAAAUAAACAGUUGCAAAGCAAGGAAGAGGCACACAAAGAAGAGGGACUGCAAGAAGCAGAGGGAUUAGAAAACAGAGUGACGGAAGAAGCGAGUGUUGUUAGCGAAAGAUUGAAAGCCGACAAAGCAAAGAAAUGUUCUAAAAGAGAGGAACAAGAGAUAAGGGGCAAAAAUAAAAAAGAAUCAAUUAUGAAUAUUGAUGAUUUCACCCAUCGCUGUGUCUCUUGCUCAUCUGAGUUUCCUAGCAAAAAUAAAUUGUUUGAGCAUUUAAAGAAAACCGGACACUCCGUACAUCUACCGGAAUUAGCGAAAAGUAAAAAGAGCCAAGAGAAAAAGAAAAAAGCAACACCUAAAGCGAAAGACAAUUUGGAUAAAAAGAAAUGUUGAAUCCAACUUAUUGUGAAAUGUCAAAUUAUAGAAACUGUUAUACCUAUACAAUUAUUGUAAAUGGACAGCAAUUUGUUAUAUAAUUGACUUGAAAAGUAUCUCUUAUAUGUAUUAUAGGGAUCCGCUAUCUCGGAAUUCUAUAGGAACUGCGUUUCUGUACAUAUAUCAAAGACCCGUUAAAAUAUUUUAAUUUUUGAUUUGACUUUCGUUUACAUAACACUUUCAAUUUUCAGAACACUAUUUCAUUGUCGAUUCAGAAACGGACGGUUUAGCAAUCAAGUGUAAAUGUAUUUUGACAAGUUGCAAAAGUGAAAAUUAUAUAUCAAAGUAAAUAUAUACACUAUAGUUGUAUUAUAAAUUAUUGUAUCUAUCCAAUAAAUAUGUGCGUGUAUAUAAA